AUGUGGCUACGGCACUUCUGCGGCCCGACGGCGUGUGCGCUGGUGGGAGCUUUGCCAGACCUGCGAUCGGGCAUGAGAUCCUUUGAGGAGGAUUUGGCAGUCCGCGGGCUUUCUGGCACCGAAGUCGUACUGGACCAGGAUAUGAUCGCGGCUGCUUCGCGGACCUACGAAGAGGAUGCCCUAGGUUUGGUCGCUGGUGGUCCGGCGGAGGGGUACCGCGUGAUGAUGUGGCGAUACACCGAGCAGGCCGCCUGA